AAUUGGUUGAUUACGGUAAAAAAAACAUAAUUGAUUAAUAAAAAUAUCACAUUAUAUAUUCAAGAACCUAGUUGGAACUCGAGAUUACCCAUAAUUAUUAUUAGUAUUCACUUUGCUCAUAAAAAAAUAACGUAUUAUACAUAAUGGUGACCAUGAUAUGACUUAGUUGUCAAUAAUUUAUAUCCAAACACAUCCUCUCAUCUUCCUCACACUCUUCUUCUUCUUCUUCUUCACCGGAGACUUGAGACCUCUACGCCUCAAAUCUUCACCGAUCCACCAUUUCUCACUUUCUACUAACAAGAUCUAAAAAGCUACAAUCAUGUCUUUUAUUGGUACUCAACAAAAGUGUAAGGCUUGUGAGAAAACGGUUUAUCCCGUUGAUCAACUUUCUGCUGAUGGUACUUCUUAUCAUAAAGCUUGUUUCAGAUGCUCUCAUUGCAAAGGAACUUUAAAGCUGAGCAACUAUUCAUCAAUGGAAGGUGUUCUUUACUGUAAGCCUCAUUUUGAGCAGCUCUUCAAGGAGCAUGGAAACUUCAAGAAGAACUUCCAAUCUCCUGCAAAGUCAGCCGACCCGGGAACUCCUCAGCUGACAAGGACCCCUAGCAAAGCUGCAGGCAUGUUUUCGGGGACACAAGAUAAGUGUGCUACAUGUGGCAAAACUGCUUAUCCUUUGGAGAAGGUAACGGUGGAAAGCCAGGCCUAUCACAAAUCAUGUUUCAAGUGUUCACACGGUGGUUGUCCUAUAACUCCAUCAAAUUAUGCAGCCCUUGAGGGCAUUUUGUAUUGCAAGCACCAUUUCUCUCAGCUUUUUAAGGAGAAAGGUAGUUAUAAUCAUCUUAUCAAGUCUGCAUCAGUCAAACGUGCUGCAACCUCCGUUCCAGAAUCUUGAAUGUUGGUGUCUUCUAUUGCCUUUGUUCGAAAAAAGGUGUUUUGGUCUGACAAGCAAGUGUGUUUGUAUGUGUGGUUUUUUUUCCUCCAUAAUUGUUCGAUCAUUACUUCAUCAUUUUUCCAAUAUUUACUCAUAUAUGCGUGGUGUGCAAAUCUUGUGUGAUUUAUUUAUUUAUCAGAUUCACAUUCAGUACUGACAAAUGAGAGAUUGACUUGCGAAAUGUAUCUUUCCAAUUUGAUGAUGCAGUUUUUCAGUGCAUUUUCUACCGGAUGCUAUUAUAUAUAUUUAUCUUUUAUACA